AUGCAAAUUUGGCACAUGGAACCGUACCCAUGUGGGGAUCGUCGUCUACCCCAUCAUGUGUUCCCGCCAAAGAAAAUUACUGCCGACCAGCUCCUGAACCUAACCGGUGUCCAAUACUUCAAGGUUGAUCUCGACGAUACUGUGGCGAUGAAGAAACGUCUAUCGAGGGUGAAAAAUGAAAGAAAAGUGAACUCAUCCGACAUGUUGACCAUCAACGACUCAACCCCGGAAAUUAAUGAGAAGGUAUAGUG